AUAACAUUACACUAUUACUCAUAGUGGUCAGUGACUGAGUGACACACUGUUGUGAUUAAGUGAGUAGUCAGUCCAUAGUCUAUAUUCUAUAGCUAUUAGUACAGAUUUAUACUUUGGUAGUUUGGUAUAUACUACAACUACUCGAGUUACUAUAAUUCUAUAGUUUAUUCAAUGUCUCUUUUACUGUGACAACUGAUAACAACAUUUGUGUUGAAAGUAUUAACUUUGAUAUUUUGAAGGGGUUUGUCCCUCAGAUUUCCCAUCGAGCACUGUUAAUCAAAAACAAUAUACAAUGUGUGCUAAAAUGGCAUUCACUCAUCAACCUGGCACUGCCAUGGAGUGCCUUAGUAUACCUAUUACUUUAACAAAAGAAUCUGCUAUUGAUACUGAUGGUCGUGAAUUAUUGAAAUGUGGGUUCAAAAUUGGUGGAGGCAUUGAUCAAGAUUUUAGGAAAAGUCCUCAAGGAUAUACAGAUAAUGGUAUUUAUGUAACUGAAGUACAUGAUGGAAGUCCUGCGUCUAGGUCUGGAUUACGAAUACAUGAUAAAAUAUUACAAUGUAAUGGAUAUGAUUUUACAAUGGUAACCCAUAAAAAAGCUGUGGAUUAUAUUAAGAAGCAUAAAAUACUAAAUUUAUUAGUUGCUCGAAGAGGUGUUACAUCGACAUAGUAUAUUGAAAACAUGAAAAAAGUCAUCCAUUAUUACUACAUACAACCAAAGGUUAUCAAUAAUUUAAUUAUUUAUCCUAUUUACCAUAGUUGUUAGUAAUUUUUUUUACUACCUACCUAUUUUAAAAUAAAUAAUUUUAUUAAUAAGUUUAGUUUAUUUCUACUUGAACAAAGUUUUGGUAUUAUUAUAUAUUUUUUAAUAUGGUGUAUUGGUAUAUACCAAUUCUGUUUAUCAGUGUUAUCUUGAAUUUACCUAAAUGGGAUCAAUUCUUUCUAUUUUAUUCCAAAUAUAUAAUUUAUCAUCACUUUUUAUUAUGAAAAAAUAUGUUUGUUUGUUGAAAUUUGAUAUAUUAAAAUUAUAAUAAUGUUAUUAUUAUAUUUUUAAUAUAGUUUUGUUCAUUUCAAAACUAUUCUUUAAUGUUAUCAUGUAUUAUCCCUGUGGGAUCAAUUCCUAAUAUUAUAUUUCAAGUAUAUAAUUUUACCAACACUUAUAAAUAUAUAUUUUUUUCUUUUGUUUGGGAUUUUACGUGUUAUAAUAACGAAAUAGAAUGAGCUUAGUUUAUACUUAUUUAUUUCAAUAAAUAAAAUAAAGUAUACUAAGUCUUUGAUUAUAAUUAGAAAAGUUUAACAAUUUCUAAUACAUUUUGAUUUAAUAAAAUAUAAUACAUACAUCAUGUAGAGUUGCAAUUUUGAAUACAUUUUCUGUUUGAAAUCAAAAACAUUAUAUUUUAAUUAAUACUUAAUCUAUAUUAUAUAAAUUCUAAAAUAAUUCCAAAUGUCUUUAAUUAAGUUAAUUUGUUAUCAUGACUUAUAUUAUUAUUAUUAAAUUGUAUAUUACUGUUCAGAUGUUUAGGUAUAUUUGUUAUAAUUUAACAAAUAUAAAUAUAAUUAUAUUUCUACACUUUAAUAAGUUACCCAGUAUACAUUUUAAUGAAAACAUUUUUAUACAUAUAUUUUUAUUUGUAGUAUUAACAAUAUUUUAAAUGUAUGGAUAAAACUUAGUAACUUAAAAUCAUUAGUAUCCAGUGUUUAAAUAUUAUGUUAAAACAUAUUAGACUAGUAAAAUAAUCCUAUACUAUGAACAGUCCCGUCCAAUGUUUUAUAGAAUUAAUAUAAUAAUAUAUAGUUAUUAGUUAGUAAGAAAUAGAUAUAAGCUUGAAUUAAAUUUCAUAUGUUAAUAUUCCAAUUGUUUUUACAUUUUAUACUAAUAUACUGUACGUUGUUAAAGUUUGAAUGAGGUAAAUAUAACAAAAUUAUUAAGCUUUA